AUAACUUCAGUUCUUCAUUCAGCUGUCAGUAAACAACUGCAUGGCUGUUCCUGCAUGACUGGACCUCUAAGAUGACUCUUAACACACAGAGAGAGGUUAAACAGGUGGUACGGAGAAGGGCAAGCACUCCAAUCACCACUUCUCGAUACAGAGAAACACACAAACAUCCUCAGCACCCUCCACUGUGCCAGUCGUCCUCCUUGCAAACCGGGGACGCCAGACUCCACCUUUCGUCCUCUGACUCGGGGGAAUCCGACAGCUCCGGCCAUGACUGCCUCUACCGGGUCAUGCUGUUAGGUGAUCAUGGAGUGGGCAAGUCGAGCCUCGCCGGCAUUUUUGCAGGACUCCAAGACAACGAUACCAACAAGUACAUAGGAGAGGACAUGUUUGAAAGAACACUGACAGUGGACGGAGAGGAAACCACUCUCGUAGUAAUGGAUACAUGGGAAACGGAAAAGCAAGAUGAGAACUGGGUGCAGGAUUACUGCAUGCAGGUUGGUACCGCUUACAUCAUUGUUUACUCCAUCACUGACCGCAGUAGCUUCGAGAGCGCAUCAGAGCUGCGUAUCCAGCUGCGCCGCAUCCGCCAGGCUGACAACGUUCCCAUCAUUCUUGUAGGAAACAAGAGCGACCUGGUGCGCAGCCGGGAAGUAGCAGUAGAAGAGGGCCGGUCCUGCGCUGUGGUCUUCGACUGUAAAUUCAUCGAAACGUCGGCCUCGUUGCACCACAACGUUCAGGAGCUGUUUGAAGGCAUCAUAAGGCAGAUACGCCUGCGGAGAGACAGCAAAGAGACCAAUGAGCACCGGCGCUCCAUCUACAAGCGCAAGGAAAGCAUUACCAAGAAGGCUCGCCGCUUCCUCGACAGGCUGGUAGCCAAGAACAACAAGAAGAUGGCUCUGAAAGUACGCUCUAAAUCCUGCCAUGACCUCUCUGUGCUCUGACCUGUUUCCUUCACCAACAGUACAGACAUUUUUGGUGUUAUUAUUUAUUCAGACAGCUUGGGGGUGAAUUUAUGGUCAUUUGUUACACUUUACCAUUAUGUACAUUCGUUUAAUACAUUAAGGACUUUUUCAAGUGUCUGCGUAGGAUUCCUUUGG